CACUCGCAAACCGCCCGACUCGACUUGUGAUAAAGCACACUGGCCGUUAACUAAGAGGUGGAUACAACAAGGAGCAGAAAAUAUCGAGCCAAGGGCUCACCGACCUUGCGCAGCGCCCAGCGACGAGCCUACCUCAUGCGUUGCGGAGCUAUUUCGGCGGCGACGACUGGAUCUGCUAAAGAAAUUUUUCCUGCGUCAUUUUGCAGAGCCCAAAAAAAAAUCAAAAAUCGAAGCCCCAGGGCCCCAAGAAGAACCCGGCGCCAGGCGUCCGCCAUUGGAACGGCAGAGCAGCUGUGCUAAAGGUAGGUAACAAGUUAGCAAGCCAAGUGCAGGCGUCAGCACCUAAUCAAGUGCGAGCGUCGAGAUUUCCAACCUACCAAGUACCUGUUCUUCCAGGCCGCCAGCCAGCAGCCUCGCUUUCUGUCCGACCUCUACUCCUCCUCCCCAACUCCAGGCUCCCCAAGCACGUCCGUCGACUUUGGCUGGCUCAAUCCGCCGCCAGGCCACCCGCACUGCGCCGCACCAUCGGCCGUUGCACCGUUGCUGCGUCUGCGACCGCGCAUCUGUCCAGCUCGCUCCUCGGACGCCCCGGCGUGAUGCCUUCCACGUCGCGAGCCAUGGGCGCCGCCCUGGCCAGGGCAGCCCAAUUGGCGCCCCGAAAGCCCGUCGCCGUCCCCAGAGCCUUCUCGACGGGCCCGAGGACAGCGACGUCGCUGCGCUCUGCCGCCCGCCCGACCGUGGCCAUGCGCCUGCAGACCACUGGCCAUGUCGCCUUCCGGAGAGCCUACGCCGACGAGGCCCCAAAGCCCAAGCCCGGCAAACUGCGCAAGACCUUCCGGUGGAUGUGGAGGUUGACCUACCUCUCCGUGUUCGGCCUGGCAGGCUACACCGUCUACCUCAUCUACGAUGACCGUCAUCCCGAGCCGCAGUACGAGGCCGAUCCUUCAAAGAAGACGCUCGUCAUCCUGGGAACCGGCUGGGGCUCCGUCGCCCUGCUCAAGAAGCUCGACACCGAAAACUACAAUGUCGUUGUCGUGUCGCCGCGAAACUACUUCCUCUUCACCCCUCUGCUGCCGUCGUGUACCACGGGCACCAUCGAGCACCGCUCCAUCAUGGAGCCCGUUCGCGCCAUCCUCCGCCACAAGAAAGCCGCCGUGAAGUACUACGAAGCCGAGGCCUCCACCAUCGACCCGGACCGCAAGGUUGUCAAGAUCGUCGACAACUCGGAGGUCAAGGGCGCGAUAUCGGAGACAGAGAUUCCUUAUGACAUGCUCGUCAUUGGCGUCGGUGCUGAGAACGCAACCUUUGGUAUUCCCGGCGUCAGGGAGCACAGCUGCUUCCUCAAAGAGAUUGGCGACGCUCAGCGCAUUCGCAAGAAGAUCAUGGAUUGCGUCGAGACGGCGGCCUUCAAGGACCAGAGCUCCGACGAGAUUGAUCGCUUGAUGCACAUGGUUGUCGUCGGCGGCGGCCCCACCGGCGUCGAGUUUGCCGGCGAGCUUCAGGACUUCUUCGAGGAGGACAUCAAGAAGCUGGUUCCCGAAAUCAGCCCCCGCUUCAAGGUCACCCUGAUCGAGGCCCUGCCCAACGUUCUUCCUUCCUUCUCCAAGCAGCUGAUUGACUACACCGAGAACACCCUGCGCGAGGAGAAGAUUGACAUCAAGACCAAAACUAUGGUCAAAAAGGUCACCAACAACACUGUCGAGGCUGAGAUUUCUCGCCCCGACGGCUCCAAGGAACGGGUCGUCAUUCCCUACGGUCUUCUUGUAUGGGCAACUGGUAACGCCGUCAGGCCCAUCGUGAAGGAUCUCAUGGCACGCAUCCCCGCACAGAAGGAUUCCCGCCGCGGCCUCGCCGUCAACGAAUAUCUGGUUGUGCAGGGCACCCGCGAUAUCUGGGCCAUUGGCGAUUGCGCUGUCGCCGGCUACGCGCCCACGGCUCAGGUCGCGUCUCAGGAAGGAAGCUUUCUCGGCCGCCUGUUCAACAACAUGGCCAAGACGGAGGCUCACGAGUCUCGCAUCCAGGAGCUUAGCAGCAAGAUGAACUUGCAGGCUGGAAACGCCGCCGAGGCCGCCGAGGAGAUUGAGAAGCUUGAGAAGCAGCUUCGCCGGGUCAAGGAUAUCAAGCCCUUCCGCUACAGCCACCAGGGCAGCUUGGCGUACAUUGGCAGCGAGAAGGCGGUGGCCGAUGUGAGCUGGUGGAACGGCAACCUGGCCACCGGUGGUAGGAUGACCUACCUGUUCUGGCGGAGCGCCUACUUGUCUAUGUGCUUCAGCACCCGAAAUCGUGUUCUGGUCAUCGUGGACUGGCUCAAGUCCAAGGCUUUUGGCCGUGACGUUUCUCGAGAGUAGAGGGAGGCCAACGGCUCCGCCGACGCCAAUGUGUUUGGGACGCCACAUUUGACGUGUUUUUUUCGGAGUGUUGGAGCAAAAACCUGUAAUGCCAAGAAUAGAAUGCCGGUGCGGCCCGGUCGGGUUCGGAUAAUAGAUCUUCGGUGGCACGGGCUACCCUUAUUAUGAUACAUGGAGGUUCUUUGUUGUGUCAAAGUAUUGGCUCAUUCUUUGUUGCGCAUCUUUGAUCCUUCAUGCCAGGCAGAGGGAAGCUGAC